AUGACUGUAGUUUCUACAAAGGUAGGUGAAAUCAAAGCAAUUAUUAUUGGAGAAUCAUCAGUCGGUAAAACAUCAUUAUUAAAUGUUUUAGAAAAUGGAAAAUUAGUUGGAGAUAUAAAAGCUACUGUUAGUAUUGAUUCACACACUAAAGAGGUUCAAGUUGAUGGUAAAAGAUUUAAACUAAGAAUAUAUGACACAGCUGGACAAGAACGAUUUAGAUCCAUGGUAUCUUCAUAUUAUCGUGAUGUUAAUGGUAUCAUCAUUGUAUUUGAUGUAACAGAUAAAAAGACAUUUGAUCAAGUUCAAUAUUGGAUGGAUGAAAUUAAAAAGAAUACACAAGUAUAUACAUAUAUUGUUCUUGUAGGAAAUAAGUCUGAUUUAGAUUCAAGUAGAGUUGUUACUACAACUGAAGCUCAAGAAAAAGCACAGUCAUAUAAAAUUCCAUAUUAUGAAACUUCUGCCACUCUUGGUACUAAUGUUCAAUUAUUAUUUGAUGAAUUCUCUAAAAAUACUGUUCUAGAGUGUAGUAAAAAAGGAAUUCAACUUGAUCCAUCAGGACGUGCAUCUGUUUCUCAAAAACAAGGUAAUUCAGAUGGAGGAUGUUGUUAA